UAAAACUCGUUUUGACCUGCGAAUCUGUAUUAUUGUUAAUGUUCUGCGCGUGCAGCACGCGCUAACUAGCUUCGCCAUAGCUAUCGCAUUAGUUUGGUGGAGAUGUUCAAGAUGGACGCUUAGCCUCGAUAGGUUUCUGUUUCUUUUUCGCUUCAGGACUGUGUGGUCUGUACGGAGAGCUAUGUGGGGGACCGGAGGGAUGUCAUAGUUUAACGAAUGUGUUAGUUAGGCGACAUAAGUGACUUUUAUCUGGAUAUUUUCUCCUUUGCUUUUGGAACUGAGGGGUUAGUAACUUCCUGGUUGUUGUCGCUUGGAUGUCAGUUAGUUGAGUUGGUAGCGGGGUGAGGGGAUUUACAGCGUUACUUGUGACGGGAUUCAUGGUACUUUGUGAUUAUUAUUAUCCGACUGUGAUGUUUGAAACCAAGGACGACUGUUUUCACCGACAAGCAGAGGGAGAAGGACGGUUUUCGUAAGCAAUGGAAAGUCGAAAUGGUGGUGCCUCAUGCAAAGGUGUUUUAAUACCCGUGGCAGAGACUUCAGACAUCUUUCAGAGCACUAUCUUGGCUCCACUUCAAAGUGCGUACUUAUACGAAGAGUCAAAGCAGUUUUUCAGAUACAAGUCUGCUGUUUUGGUGAAGAAUCCUGAGCUGGAACAAAAGUAUGACUCGUUUCGAGCUAAUAGGAAAAAUGCAGGAUAUUCAGAGGAUGACCUCAAGGAAUCCUAUGGAUUUUUGUUGUUUGAGGAUGAUACAAAGGCAAAUGCCCUUGGAGAAACUGGGGUGCUCAGAGGAAACAGCACUUGUACAACUUUGGGAGAUCCCUUGAAGGGUGUUUACUUACCAAUGUACUCUGAUUGUCUGGAUCUAAAUCCCUGGUAUCAUGGAAAAUCUGGGUACAUAGCCAUCAUCAGACUGACAAAGGGUAAAGUUAAAAAAGUUGUAGAGAACUACACCCAGAAUUUCACAGAACCUACUGUGGGGUUUGACUGUCACGUGUCAGAACAUUUGCCUUUAGUUUCUGCAAAAACAAGCUCAUUCCUUGCUUUUGAGAGAACUCAGUAUUACAUAUAUGAACUGCUAAAUGAUGGAAGCAAUGAAACAGCUCUGGCCCCCAGUGCUGCCUGUCCGUUUGCUAUUGUUUCAUUUUCAUACCAGGACACCAAAGCUGUACUUUUUCCCCAGGAGACAAGUAAAAUGAAAGAACUGGUUUGUCAUUACUUACCUUGGAGGGGUCAGCUUCAAAUAGGCUCCCAGUUCUACCAUGUUGACCUGAGGUCUACCACUGUGGCCCAUGUUCCUGUUAAACUACCACCAGUGGUGAAAGUUGACAGGGUCACUGCUAUCUCAGUCCUGCGACGGCUGUUGCCAAGAGCUGUUUUUGAUACCUGCUGUACUGAAGAGGCAUUUCAUGAUGGAAUUUACUGCAAUCUGUGCGAAUUUGUGCCCUCCAAAGCAGAAGAAAACAGCUCAUUUGCCCAACUCCUUGCAGAGAUCAAGGAGAAAGACUUUGCUCCUGUUGUUCAACUAAAUGAUGGUGGAUUUCUUAUUCUCUUGCACUCUUCUCAGUUUCUCAGAUAUGAUGACACAGAGUCCCCCUCAAGUGAAGUAAUGCAAGGUCUUUUUGUGUUUCCUGACUCACGAGUUGUAAGAAGAGACACAAAAGAUGGACAGAAGAACCAUGCCAUGUCAAAUGAAAUCCUUCAGCUUCUACCAGUACUGAGUUUUGCUGAGGGUGAGGUUGAGAAAAGACCCUUGGACUCAAACAGGGAUGUUUGUGAAGUGUUGGCACAACAAAUGCAACGUUACGCCACACUAAUAAAUCCAGGACUUUCUGCAAGCCCCUCAAGACCCUCAAGGGAACUAAGCAUUUUUCCAGACCAGUAUGAUGUAGGGGAAGCUCACAAACACCUUUAUUCAACUCCUGAGUGGACUAACAGCUCAUGGCAGACCUUUAAGUCAUACUUUAACAAACCAACCUCGUUUGAGCUGCCGUUGUCAAAGGUUUCUGAAAUUUUGACAGCUGGACAGGAGGAACAAAGGGAGGACUUUGAUGAAGAUGUUUAUAUAUGUUUGUCCUCACCAGAGGAAGCACCAGCCAGUCCAGUUGAAAUGGAUUUAGAAGAUCAGUUCUCAGACCAACAAACCCCAGUGAAUGUUGCAUUGGACAUGUCAAGUGCUGAGUCACAUGUUCCAACAUGUGAUCUUCAAAAUAGUGUGCUAGACAAUUUUCAAGAUGAAGAUGAUGCAACAGACAAUCAAAAGAUGGUGGACCUUAUUAAGCUGAACGAAACAAAUCACAUGAAGGCAAAGGAUCCUCCUGGUUCUACCAUAUCAGAUGAUAUCCCUGCAGAGCUUAUUGUCAGCAUAACCUCGGCAGAGAGGAAAGUCACUAAUGACAAUCGAAGUGACAUCAGUGCUGUUUCAAGAGCAAAGCAGAGAGAUUUUCAGUUUUCUGACUUUUCAUCCAUAUCUAAAAUGCACAAAGCAGAAGCAAACUCUCUUAGUGGUAAAAGUAACAAAGUGAGAAACAUUUUGAUUUCCUCUGAGGUUGCUGAGCUCACCAGUGCAAAACCCAGGCAGUGGCAGAGAAGACUUUCCCAAGUGCAGAAAAAGGUUUCUAAACCUGCUGUUAAGACUGGCAGUGUACAGACGGCUGUAUCAACAGGAGAGGUUAAUCACUUACACUGCAAAAAAGAUAAACAUGCUAAGGAGUCAGAUCUCCUUACCUCGAGUAAUAAUUUGAAAACGAAUUGGAGAAAAUUACAUCGGCGAAAGCGCAGAUAUGGAAAACCACCUUCAAAAAAUAAGAAACUAAGAUCUAUUGUCAGUUCAGUCAGAGCAGAAACUAAAAGAACAGCUGCUGUGCAGGAGAGCGUGGAAAGCACGAUUUUAAUGGAACUUGAAGCUUUACCACUUAAGAAGAAAACUGAGCGCUGGGACCUCAAGCCGGUUAUUAGUGAAUGUGGAAGAACUUUGGUUCCUUUUGGUUCCGUGAACAUUUCUGUUGUGACCAAGUCUUCAGAAGUUGAGCUACAGUGUACAGAAAACGACAAGUUCCUUGAACAGAUGGUGAAUGAUGUUCCUGAGGAUGCAAUUGAUAAAAUUGAAAAGAUGAACAUGUCUAGUGCUGCAUCAGAGAAAGCAGAAGAUGAAGCAAUGGCUACAAACUUUUUAGAAGAUGAGAAUGAUCUCAGAAGUGUUGUUCAUGUUGAUCAACCAGUUGGUGGUAACGGUUCAGUGCAUUUGACUUCUGACUUGAACAACCAUUCUCCAAAGAAUGAUGGCACAGAGAGUUCUCUUUUACAUGCAGUUGAAAAUCGUUUGAUUCAAACCCUUUCUCCAAUUAAACGUUUAGCAAAAGGUGAAUUUCUGUUGAGUAGACUAAAAUCAGUUCUUUCAAGACGAAAACGGAAAGUAGAUCUCCAGAAAGAAGAAAUGUCUGAAAGUACUCUCCAAAUUGAGGAGCAUUGCCUCAAGAAGAUGAACACAAACUUGGAAGCUGAGACAUCAAAGUGCACAGAUGAAACUCCUCAAAACAGUGAUUUAAAUAUCAACAACGGUUCAAAAAUGUCUGUUGACCCUGCUUUUGCAAAUUACUUAGGUUUGACCCCUAGAGAGAAUCAAGAAAAGAUUAAGAAAACUGAGGAUCAGGAUGCUCAGCAGAUGAACAACCCAAGAGAGAAAGAGCACACCUCACUGGAAAAAAUCACUCAAAUUUUGCAAAUGCCUCUAUCAAUUUACCCAAGGAGGAAAAGGAUUAAGAUGCUUAAAAGGCAUCAGAGCAUCUCUGAAGAAAAUGUUAAAAAGAAAUGGUGGUUGCAUUUUCAAACUCCAGCUUGUUAUACCGCCGAAAAGGUCACACACAGUGACUGUUCUAGCGAUAAUACUGUCAGGAAGACUGUUGAGGAAAAAAUGAAAAGUGCUUGCUCCUCUACAGAUGCUUUGAACUUACUUGCUGACUUGGCAUUGAGUGUCAGUAAUGGCCAGGUUCCACCACAACCAAAUCAAGCACUUGAAAUAAUUCCUAAAGAAAGUAUGAAGUGUGAACUUACAAAAGCUCUUUCCAGUGCUGAUCAUGAGUCAGUCCUUCAUGCUCUGCUUAAGAAUACUGCUGCUAACGCCAUUCAGCCUCUUGAGUGUCCUUCACCAAGUCCUCAUGUUGGAAACAGUGAAUUGAUUGGUUUCAUAUCUAAGGAACAUAAUUACUCACUGCCCCCAUCUUCCUCUUUACUGUUGGACUUGCCAGGUGCAACUUUCCAGGUGCAACCUUUAAGUGGUUCAACCGGACUGCUUAACCAUCAUCAAUCAAUGCACAGUAAUGAAGUUAGAACACCACAACCAUCUUUCAUUCAGGAAUACCUAUGGGAAAACAACAGGACUCCAGACUACUUUCACAGGCACAGGCAAAAAUUCAAACACUCUCGCACCUUUGAUUUCAAGGAUGGGUCCAUCCAGGUUACAAGAAAAUGGCAAGAAAACUAUGACUUCAAUCUAGACAGCCGGUUUACAAGUCACCCAAAGGACCAAGUUAUCAUUCGAGCUUUGCAUGGGCCGUGUGAUUUCUCCAGUCAAGACACUUCUGAGGAGGUGCGGCUUAUCUUCCACUUGUGGAUAGGCUUGUUUUAUAGCAGAUCAACAUCUAGAUUCUUCCAGAUUGACACGAGUGCCCCACAACAUUGUUUUGAGGAAAUCAAAUCUUUGAAAAAGUCUAGUGAAUUGGUUUCAGGUUGGACUGAGCACAGUACCAAUUCAUCUGAUGCUUUUUCAAGUGUAACAAGCACCCCAGAUCCCUUGGCCUCAGAAGCUUUGGAUCUCCGCAAAAAAGAGGACACUCUCUUGGAACCAGAUUCUGAGAUUUUGGAUUUGUCACUAAGGAGCUCCAGUGAAGAAUCAGUUUCUUCAGGGCUACAAAUCAACAGAGAAGUGUCCAGUGCACAAAGCAAAGAUUUUGAAGCAUUGACUAACCUAAAGUCAACAGAAGAGUCAAAGGAGGAAGAAACACCUAAGCUUUGUAAAACGGUGGAUACAGAAUUUGUCAAUGAGGUCAAUGAUGAUGGAAACAUUGAAAGUGACAAGACUGAAACUUGUCAAAAAGAUUUGUGGCUUAAUCAUGAAGAAGCACCACCUUCAAAGGUUGACGGGGCAUACUUUUCUCAACCAGAAGACAUAAGUGUAAACCUUGAGCUGGAAACUGCUUCAACAGUACUUGGAAGUGACCUUGUGUUGCAUGAAUGCAACAAAGCCACCACUUUUUUGAAGGAUUCCAUAGAAAAUCCACAAGCUACGAAAGGUUUGGAACAAAAAUUCAAGACUGCUCUGCCAAGUCAACCAAAAUCUGUUACAGAUAAAAUUUUAAACUCCAACUCAGAAGAAAGUGAUUUAGUUCAUUCAACCAACGUUGAAGGUUUCAAGAUGAAGAAUGGCUCCUGCAUAGAAGUCAAUAUAGAUUUUUUACCUGAUGUGAUAGACACAGAUGGUGUCUCUGCUGACCGAAGAUUAGACAUCAUCCGCAAAGGAGAUUAUUUAGUGAAUGAAAAGCUGUUAAGUCAGGAAACUAAAGCUGACUCACCAGAUUACAGUGAAUAUCUGAAUGGGGAUGUGGAUUGUUGUGAAAGACUUGAAGAAUUUCAAAAUGAUUGCCUAAGAGAAGAAAAACUUGAUAUGAAAAAAACUGGCUAUUCAACUAAAGUGGACAUAGCUUUGAUAUGCAAGCAUGUACCUAAGACAUCUGAUAGUCCAGUAAAGGGGGAUUGCACUUCAGAAAAUAUUGAUCAAGCACAAAUGCACGACCAACUGUUGCCAGAUAAUACAAACCAUGGUGUCAACAAUUUGUGUGCAAAUCCUGUUCCACUUAAAGAUGAAAGUUCAGUUUUGAAAGAUGCUGCUGCUGAAGACAACUUUAAGACAAUCGAGAACAGCGAUCAAAAACCAGCGUUUUCUGAUGUAAGUGCAUGUACGCAGGAUGAGUCUCCCACUGUGCCAUGCAUUCCUAAUCAAAAUGAUGACAUUGAAACAGAAAACAAAACCAAUGCAUCAAACUUGGAUUUUAAUCUUUGCUGUAAUGAUCAAAAGCAAGAAACCAGCCCAACUGAGAGGGAAGAGAAAACUGGCGAAAUAAUUCCAGAGCAUUCUCCUUCAUUUGAUAGUGAAGUUGUAAAAAUAUGUGUGCCAGACAAGUUUUCUGAAAAAACGUAUUCAAAAGCAAUUGGAACAAAUGGAGAUGGUGAGAAAAAUUGGGAUGGGGUUGUAAUUCCAUUUUUGAGAGAAGAUGCAGCUGACGACCAUGUGUUACAACUAGACGAGGUAGAGAAAGCUGUUAAGGACCAAGAAACAAUACCAUUUAUUAAAGAAGCUACCCGCCCUUUUGAUGAGCUCCCAAGUGCAGAAAGUAGUACACUGAAAAGUUGUGAUGUAAAGAAAAAGUCUCCUUGUAGCACAACACCUCAAGAUAAUACUGAAACCCAGAAACUGGAAGCCUGUGAAAGUAUGUCUGACAGCAGGUCUGCUACUCCAACAAUAGAUGAAAAACCAUUCGAGUACAUGUCAUCAAGUCCUACCAGUUGUACAUUUACUAAUGGUGAUCAUGAAACCUGCCAAGAUGUUACCCUAAAAUGUCCUAGCAGAAACUCAACACUUGUGAUAAAAGAGCUGUCAUUUGAGAAGAUACUUCAGCCUUCAACAGCUAAUAAUGAUUCUCCCAUUGCUUCCUCCAUUUGUGGUCCUCAUUCAGACGUCAAACAAAGAACUCUAAGACUUCUUGAAAGUAUAAAUGAUUACAUUUCCACUGGAUGUGACAUCCCACAUCAAAUCAAAGCAGCUGACAUAAAAUCUCCUGAUCCACUAAAUAUUUCUGUCAAAAAGUGUCCACCCACUUGUUUGGAACUGAGCAGUAUUACAGUUGAUGUCACAAACCAGAGAGCUGGCAAUGAGCCCCACCCUGAUAUGUCAAGCUUUAGCUCUCAAGAUCUGUACCCCAAACUAACAGAUGGUAUUUCUUUACCUAUAAAAACUAUAUCAGAGGAAGUACCAAAUGUGAAAUUGCAGAUGAACGAAAAAUCGUCAACUUCCAAGCACUAUCUUAAACGUUCCUACAGACAUCAAACCUCUGUAGAGUCAGAGCAUCAGUCCUAUGGAUAUUUAACCUCUGUUGAAGGUUUUCAAGAUGAAAAUAAAACAACUUUACAUUAUAAAUCUCGUUCACACACUCACCAUGCUGUUAUGGCAGUGGGAUUAAACAAGAGUGUGGAAAGUCAGACGCAGCAACUCUCUAAAGACAACCAUGUUGAAACUACCUCCAGGAAUAAAAAACCUAGGAUUCAUAUUACUGAAAAAUCUUCAGCAACCUCCACACUUUUAAAGAAAACUAAAAAACACAUUUUGAAAAAACAAGGACGCUUGAGAUACAGGACUGGGCAUCUAACUGGACAAAACAGAAGGAACGACUUCUCAGACAAACCAUUCACAUAUGAAGAUAAUGUUCCAAGAGGUCAAGACUCCAUUGUAUGUACAAUCUUUAAUACAAGUCUGAAGAAAUCCUACUGUGUUCUAGACCAACUUUCUCAGAGGUCCCUACCAGAUGACCCCACUCAGGCAUCAAUUGACCAAGAGCGUCUUAUUUUUUCUGAGCAAAUGAAAAACCUCUUGAGAAAGAGUAAGAGUGGACCUGUUUGUCAGCAGAAUGUUUUCGACAGUUUGAAACAGUCUUGCAACAAUCCUCUAAUUGUCAACUUUUCCAACCUUGAGGAGCAGGAGGAUUCUCUGGAGUUUUGGGACACGCAGUAUGUCAGGCAAAAAAUAAUGGUGGACAUGACUGAUAGGAAAUGCCUGACAGAGUCAACAAAGGGAAAAAAUAUGUUGCAGGAUUUUUCUCAGGAAACAAGCAUCCCAGGAGAAACUGCUAAGAUUUCUGAAAUUAUUGCAGAAGGUGCAAGGAUGUAUGAGACCAAGAUGUGUGAUGUCUGUUCUGUCAAAAAGACCUCAUCUAGAUCUAAAAGAGUCUAUUGUGGUUACUCGAGGACUAAACCAAGGAACCAUUUUGAUUUCUGUGAUCAAAUGAAGAAAGAGCUUGAUAAGACUUUCUUGAGUAAUCUGAAUGCAGUUGUGAAGAAGUCCUCUAAAACAAAGUACAGAUUCUACUUACUAGUGACUUCAGAUGAUGUCUUCUUCAAAGAAACCAAGGCUUACUUGGAUGCAGAGAGCCACACAGCUGUACCUCCAUGUGAAUUCUUCUCUGAUGAGGACAACCCUGCAUGUCUACUCAUCAUCCUCAGAAAUGAGGACAUUGCGGAACACAUUUGUAAGAUACCACACUUGCUCAGGCUGAAAAUGACCCCAGGAGUGCAGUUUGCUGGGAUUGAUGAACCAGAUGAUAUUGUGAAUCUCACUUAUCAAGAACUCUUCACUCGGGGCGGCUUCAUUAUGCUGGACAGAGCUGUACUGGAGUCCCUCAGUCUUUGCAACAUGAAGUUAAUCUCUGACAUCUUACAAGAGUUGAACAGGAUAGAGAAGUGGAAAUGGAUGAUGCACUACAGAGACAGCCGUCGUCUGAAAGAAAAUGCAAGGUUGAGUGGGGAGGCGAAUGAGAAGAAGCACUUCCUUAACUGGGGCCAAGAUGCUGGGAUCCUUGAGGUCUUGCCUUACCAUGAGUGUGACUCUUUGUCGAGAGAUCAACCAGACUAUGUUGCUUGUUUGCAUCGACUGCAAAUCCAGCACAUAUCAUCUCGCUAUCCUGUUUUUGUAACUGUUGUCUGUUUUUCUUAUUUUGCAGAUGACACAUCACACAGUGCCUUCGAAGAGAAUGGGAUUUUUACAAUGACUUUGAACACUUUCCUGAAAAAGUCUGCAACUGAAAUAUUCCCAAUCUGAUUUGUCAUAUUGGUGACCUCGAAUUCAUAAAAAAUCACAAACUCACUAGAUGUGAGUGAAGACCAGCACCCUUUGUUAUUUAAGAUGGUUACAUUAAGGCUAGCUAACUUUCUGCACACUCUACAGUUAAAAGAUUUACAUUUUGAUGGGACGUUGUUCAUAUCCACGUGUAAAUGCUCUUAUAAUUCAGUUCUUGAAUAGAAUCUUUGUGUCCUGGCAGCUGUGCUGUUUAGUUGUGUGUUGUUUUUUUUUUUUUUGUAAUUUAAUUUUAUGUGUAUAAUAAAAGGUACUCAAGUACUUCAACCUUUGGAACUUUAAAGCACACCAAGAAGCUAAUAUUUUAAAUGUAUAGUAAAUUGCAUUCGUAUGGUAUAACAAAUAAACAUUUGUAAAUGGUU